CCCUAGUCUAGAAGAUGUUGCAAGGCUCACUCGGUUUCCUGUUACCCCCACCCCCUUGGCCACAGUACUGCUCCCGACCUCGCCAGCCGCGCCCUGUUGUUACGCUCCGUGCUUCCCAGGCGCCUCCCAACUGCCUCACAGAACGAGGCCGCACACUAGCGACGAAGAACAUCUCGGGCAUGCCACGCGAACAAGGUGACAUCCGGCGACCUCAUAUAUGCGCGCUUUUAUCAAUGGAGGUUGACGACGGGCCAUCCAACGCUCAAGCUCGCGACGUCGGGACCUGCUGAACACAUAUGGGCUGCAUAAACACGGAGAUUACGAUCAAGCCCAUGUCGUCC